GUACGCAGUCCGUUUCAGCGUGGUCAGGGAAACCUUCCCGAUUCAUGGAAAGCGACUGCGCAUAAUUCUCGAGCACCUGGACCUCGUGCUCUGCAUGGCCAUCUCACGACAUUGCUAAAGGCAAAGGUUCUUGACGCGGACAUAAGCAUUCCCCGAAUCCGACGUGGGCACUUACUUGUACGCCCGCCACGUCUGUUUGGCCCGAGCCCCUCCAACCCGGACGAUGCAUUGGCCCGCCAUCUUGGCUUAUGCCUGUCUCGAGCUACACACCUGCACACCUACCUGCCGACAUGGACCAGCUAUGAGCUUGGGCGCUCGUCAGCCUGUGAAAGCGAGGUGGAACCGUACUCGGUUGCUCGUCUCUGAGUCGAGCUCGCUCUUGCCACAGCUACUGCUGCAUACUCGGAACGUCGACUGAACCUGAGCAUAGUGUCACCCCUGUCUAGUUGCGGCAUCGCUUAAACUCCUUCUCUUCCAAGGUUAUGUCGGAGCCCGGGGAAUCACCGCGGAAUGCGUGGAAGCUCGCGCUUGAGCUCCAGACCACGACGUUCUGACACGAUGGCUCUUAUGCGUGGGCAGGGAGGUAGCUCCGGCUUGAUGAUAUAAAGGCAGACCUGUGCUCCCUCUUGGGGUAUCAAGAUGAACAAACCAUCAACGACGACAUCAAUAAUAACUGCUUCAAGUCCUUAUAGUCUCAGCCCUCACACACGAUCCUCUCAAAUAAAGGCACUUCCCGGAUAAGCCCACAUCUACCUACCGACUAUCAAGAUGUCGACCACCGUGACUAUUGCAUGGAUUCCUAUCAUCAAGGAUGCCGAGAGCAGCUCGGCUUUGGCCGAGCUCAAGGCCUUGAAGGAUCAGAAGCUGGCGGUUGCAGGUCUUGAGCACGCUUACCACGGCGCAGCGACCGAUCCCAACGAGCCCAAGGCUAUUGAGAUCGUAGAUGUCUGGUCCUCCCCAGACGCGGCCAAGGCUGCUGCUGAAAGCCCACAGGCCGCGGCGAUGAAGAAACUGCUCGAGGAGAUCCUGGACAAGUCCAACCCCGAAGCCCGCCCAGUGCACAACCUCUUCACCCUCACUGGCGACUUCGUCAAAGUCGCCGAGGCACCCGUGACACAGUUCGCGGUGACUUUUGUGCCCCCAGCGAGCGCCACCGACUUCGAGGCCGCAUUCAACGAGGUCGUCAAGGCAUGCGGGUCGCCUGAUGGAUUUGUUGCUGGGGCGCAUGGCUGGGGUGCGGAGGAGGUUGAUCACCCCAAGGCCGGCAAGGUUAAGGCGUUCCUGUCGACGAGCGGGUGGGUGAGUGAGGAGAAGGCCAAGGCAGGCGGUGCUGGAGCGCAGAAAACAUUCGAGCCCCUGAGGAAGUUUACGGACCACCACCACCUUCGCACCACCAUUCUAACCAAGGAUAAGUAA